AGACACGCUGAAAUUUCGGGGAAGUUGCUCGACAGCGCUCGCCUAACGAGAAGCGUUGGUAUCCUGAAAGUGAAGUGAAAAGUUUGGGAGAAGUGUUUCGUCGCACAAAAAAAUAAAUAUACUACAGUUAUUGAGUGAAAUCUGUUUUCUUAAUUUCGAAAAGUGACAAAAAUGAGUGAAAAUAAAAACGAAGCAGAAUUGGAUAAAGGUCCACGCUUUGGAGUACGCCAUAUUCAAACUAUAUUGCUCUUUCUAUCCAUUAUGGUUGCGUACAUGAGUCGUUUGAAUAUCUCGGUUGCGAUCGUGGCGAUGACAAACGCUGCGAGCACAAACCCCAAUUUUGAGGAAUUCGACUGGACGGAAAAACAGAAAUCCUAUAUUAUAUCCUGUUUCUACUGGGGCUACGUGAUCACGCAAUUUCCCGGCGGCUAUUUGAGUCGACGUUACGGCGCAAAAAUUGUGAUGGGUGUCAGUAUCUUCGGCUCGGCGCUAUGCAGUUUGUUCACACCUUUCCUCGUACCAUGGGGCGGCUGGCAAGUUUUCUGCGCCAUACGUAUCGCACAGGGUCUCUGUCAGGCAGCUGUAUUUCCAGCCAUACACCAACACAUUGCCAAAUGGUCGCCGCCGCACGAACGCAAUAUGAUCGGUGCACUGACCUAUUCGGGUGAAGAUUGUGGCAUAGUGUUGGCUAUGCUUGUUAGUGGUCUGAUAGCCAGUAGUCCAAUCGGUUGGCCAGGCAUUUCGUAUAUUUCGGCUGGUAUUUGUUUUGCCUGGUGCAUUCUUUGGAUAAUUUUUAGUUCGAAUGAUCCACCAUCUUCGCGUUUUAUAACGAAAGCCGAGUGCGAGUAUAUUGAAACUUCAAUGAAACGAGAGGAAGAUUUCCAUAAAAAGAAAAUACCAGUUCCUUGGUUUGCUAUGCUCACAUCCGUACCAUUUGUUGCAGUACUUUUAGUACGCUGUUCCGAAACGUGGGGCUUCAGCACCAUACAAUCGCAAAUUCCCUCGUACAUGAAUGGGGUAUUAAAUAUGGACAUUAAGAGUAAUGCGUUCUUCUCGGCGUUACCAUACAUAGCGCGUUGGAUUAUGACUUACAUCUACCUGUUCUUCGGAAAUAUGGCGGUCGCUAAAAGUUGGCUUUCCCUGACGACGGUACGUAAGAUUGCCAAUACAAUGGCAUUGUGGUUGCCAGCAUUUCUGCUGAUCGGUGUUGGUUUCCUUGAUGAUAGCAACAAAGCGUUGGCUGUUGCUUUAAUGACCAUAAAUGUCGGCUUAAACGGUGGUGCCACCAUCGGCUGUGUUCUCAAUACUAUAGAUUUGUCACCAAAUCAUGCUGGUGUUGUAAUGGGUAUUAUAAAUCCGUUGGCUAACAUUAUUCCGUUGAUUACACCCCUGGUUGUGGGUGUCAUAGUCACAGACGUGCACAAUCGCUCUGAAUGGCAAAUAGUAUUCAUCAUUGCUGCGUCUAUUUUCUUCAUUGGUAACUUGAUUUUCAUAAUUUUCGGUUCGGCUGAAACUCAACCAUGGGACGCUCCUGAUUUUCUGCGUAAGGAUAACGUGGAAGAACCAGUAGCAGUGCCACCGAAGAGCACUUUUAAGGAAAUUUUUGGUGGUGAUGAUGACAAAUAUGAUAUCGAAGGAUGGGCAGUGCAGAAUGUCAACGAUUCGAAGUCGAAAAGUGAUGCUGACGGAAAAUUUUAACUUAUCGACUGAUAUUAAUUAGUUCCAUAACUCGACGGUCAUAAAUUACGUCUACUUUAAAAUUAACGUUAGCUUAAAAAUUUGAUUUUUUUUCAUUAUGUAUUAUUAAGAUAUAUAUGUACAUAAGCGAGAAAACUUUAAAUAUUUUGAAUAAUAUUAAGCCAUUUUAUUGAUAAACUUACGAUUUUUAUUAAAUUUGUUUGUUAAAUUAAAUAUUA